AUGAGCGCUGCAGAUACCCAGGAGCAACUGUGCGCGCCCUACCUCUCCCCCAGCGCCCCAUCCGAACCUGACCCGUCUGUCUGCGCGCAGAAACUGGAACUACUACAGCAGCCUCGUGUCGUUCACGCUCCUGUACUACGACUACGUCCUCACGCUCGAAUGGGAGGUCGCGCGGUACUGGGGGCUGCGGUGCACGGCCCCCAGCGUCCUCUUCUUCCUGAACCGGUACGGGACGUUGUUCGGGAUGGUCCCGGUGGUGAUGCAGAACUUCUGGGCCGCGGAGAGCUCGCCGCGGAAAUUCGCGUAGAUGUGAGUCAGCACCCGUGUGUUAUCUGUAUUUGCAUAGGAUGCUGGAAUGAACCCUGGUCCGUAGAUGCGACGUGCUGGAAAUGUACCACAGCUUCUUCUCGCUGGUCAUCCAGAUCAUCAUCGGGGGUGUGUCCUGUGUCCCCCCCUGCUGCCCGUCCCACGGAAUUGUUGACUGCGUCCCCAGUCAUGCUGAUUCUCCGGACCUACGCCCUCUACGAACGCAGUAGGCGCGUGCUCGGGUUCGUCGUGGGCGUCGCGGCCCUGGUCAUCGCUGUGGCCGUGUGGGCUGUCGUAGCAGGCCCGACGACGGCCGCCGAUGUCAAGAUGCCGCCGCUCGAUCUGGACCGCGGGUGCGCGGCUGGUGUCACCCGUUCCCAGGCCGCGGGGCUUGCGAUCGCGUGGUCCAGCAUGAUGCUGUUCGACUGCGUGAUCUUCGUGCUGACGCUGUACCGCGCGCUGAGCCGUCGGCGGGCGCUGGGCUUCCAAUUAUUGACGGUGCUGCUUCGUGAUGGUGCGAUCUAUUUCGGCGUUAUGGUUCUCAUCAACGUCGCCAAUAUCCUGACCUUCUUCAUGGGCAAGGUGGAUAUUAUGUUCACAUCCGAUUUCCUAGUCGCCUGCUCAUCUUGCAACCAACAGCCCUAUACCAAGGGUGUGCUCGCCACAUUCACCAGCACGAUAUCCUCUGUCAUGAUAUCCCGGCUGAUGCUCAACCUGCGCGACCCAGGACUCCAGAAAAUGCCGGCAUCGCACGGCACCGGAACCACAAGCAUGUCUCUGGGAAGCGGGACCGAUGCUCCGGCCCAUGGUGUCUUUUCGACGUAUGUAAGCCAGGCCGAGACGGCGAACACCGCUGGUACCGGAUAUUAUUCGGAUCAUAUGGAGCUCGAGCAGCGCCUGGGUGGAAGAUGAUGCUUUCCAGAGACACAUUAAUACCUGCAUAAAGACUUGAUACAGCAUAGAGACCCGAUACUUACCGCACUUACUCCUGAUUGUAUUGAUA